UUAGAUCGCGAAAUGUUGGGCAUUUUCAUCAAGUCAGAAGAGGAUACUUCUUCGAAAUAUUUUUCAAAAACCUCACUUCUCGUUUUUGAAAGAGAGUUUUUCAACUUUUCAAUCAAUUUCAAGCAAUCACCGGCUGUCGUGCCUGGACGCUGUAAGCUACGUGCCAUUGGCUCACAUACCUCAAAUAUAUCCCCAGCGAUUUUAAUGCCGAACAAAAUGGAAGCUUUGCCAGAUUGUUUUUCAGCAACACCAGUUUCAACUGUUCUUUUAUCCCAAGUCAUUCCUUGAUAUUUAAAAAAUAUUGUUUUGUAACUUUAUACUUGCAUUCAUAGCUGGAAUUUAUCAUGUCAGCAACAAGAAAUCUGAGAGACUCAUCUAAAACAGAAAAAAACAUUUCUAAAGACGUAGAAUGGUUUUGGGGUCAAGAUAUUACUCUUUCUCUGCUGCCAUAUUUUGAUGUCAAACUUUGACUAAUAAUGCUAAAUCCCCUUCAUACAAUUUCCAUAGCCUUUUAAGUCAUUUGUUGACGAUUUAGAAUAAUGUAGGCGAAGAAAUUCUAAGAGAAGUUCUUCAGUAAACAUAAGACAGCUGCAUAUCAUUUCAACCACUUUGCACACACCUACACACUUCCUCUGAGCAUCAUCUGUCCCACUGUGGUCGAGCGAACUACUGGUAUAGCAGCAGAAGACCCAUCAGAAUCACAACAUGCAGCCUUAAAUGAAGUCAGAAUAAUGGGAAUCGUUUUUACAUUUUGAAUAGAACUUUGUGAUUUACUGGAACAUCGCUUUGAAAGUAAAUCUAUAUACGGUCGAAUUUAUUUCCAUUUACUUUUCCUCAAUGACCUCAUGACACAGUAAAUAUAUAACAACAACCAAAGCAACUGCACCAAAUUCUCACCCACAUAUUCAACAGGGUAGCAACAAAGGAGACAAAUGAAAAAAAAACAAAACAAUAAAUAAACAGAUGCACACUUUAUAAAAUAGUUGAACAGAUAAAUGAAAAGAAAUUAAAGACAAUUCAUCUCUAAGAAUAUUUGAUACAGAAAUUCCUUAUUCUUUGGAAAAAACCUUUAAAAAGGAAAACUCACCAUUUCUCCAGACUAACCAAUUCUUUCCAUCUCCUGCCAUGCUGCUUCUUCCAUAUUGGAGUAUUUUCCUCAUUAUUUCCCCCCAUUUCAUUGUUGCCCAGGCCACAAUGUGGAAUGUAACACUAUACUUUCAUAGAAAACACAGUUCUGUUCGCAUUUCUUUGGACAAGGUUAAAUAUGUAAACGUAACAAGUGAGAAGGAACAAGAGUGUUUCAACACUGAAUUUGAAUUAGACGACGCAACAAGGCCAAGUUUUGUAAAAGUUGUCUUAGACAAUGUAGCACAUCGAGAAACUGCAGUAUUUACUGUCAGUGAAAUCACUAAGGCAAUUGUCCAAAAUCAUGAUCUUCAAGAAAUGUAUUUUGGCACAUGUGGAAUGACUUUUUGUAAUGAGACAAUGACCGCAUUGAAGAAAUUGGAACGCUGGACUUUUGAAAUUACACGUAACGACAUAAAUGACGAUCCUAAAAGUUCUUUUUAUGCUUUCUAUGCUGAGUUCAUCAGUAUAACAUUUAGCAAAAAUUCUAGGACAUUAAAUACAUCAUUCUUUCUUCCAACGGAAGAGAACAGAAUGCCAGAUAUACUUUUUAGCACUGAAGGAAAAUUUGGGUUGUAUAAAAAGGUAAAACUACAGAAUAUGGAAAAUUACGAAAUAUAUUCCUGUAUUUUUAUUUUUUAUCCAAAUAAUCCUGAAUUUCCUCAUCACAAAUGUUUGUUGACAAAUGAUUCCUCAUGGAAAAUAGAAAUGACCUAUGAAUCCAGACUAAUAAAGCAUUUAAAAGAUAUAGUUAUAAAUCUUAGAGUGACUGGCAGUGAAAAGAACUCUUCAGUAAUUCUAUCAUUGGAUGAGUUGGCUUAUCUCUCCGCAUGCGGCGGUUUUAUCAAUAUUCCAAACGAAAGCGUCACUGAGAUCGAAUUAGAUUUCAAUAACAAUAACAAACCUUUUGACAUAACCAAAGUUGUCAUGACAAAGAUGCUUACUGAAGAAGAAUAUGGUUGUGUUGACAUACAUUGGACAAAUUCACGGAAAUAUACUUGUAAAGUUCAAAAAGGCAAGAAUUGGUUGUUGAAAGUUAUUUCUCCUGAAGAACAUGAACGAAUUUUCUCCGUAGAAAUAAUCCAAGACACGUUAUCUUCUUUCAUUUAUCAUUUGACAUGGAAGAAUUUCUGUACAUAUGGAGAUAGCUAUAUCAAGUAUUUUAAUCUAAAAACUUAUGAAGACAAACAAAUCACAAGCAUAAAUCUCCAUUUUGAUAAUACUUCUCCGAGAAUCAAUGAAAUAAGUCUGAUCCGCAAUUACACAGAGUAUAAAUUCAAAAGAAAUGAAGACAGCAGCACUCACAAUUCCUCAGUGAUAAGAUUCUCUCGAAUAACAAAAGAGGAAAUAAAUUUCAAUGAAACAGUUGUCGUCAAUAAAACAGAGGAAAUCAACUCUGAUAAAACAAUUGUCGUCAAUAAAACAGAUAUAAUUAAUUGUAACAAAACAAUUCUCAUCAUGCAAAUAGUUAUUGGCCUCCUUGCAGUCACCAUAUUAAUCUUGUUAGUCCUUCUUAUCAGAUACUUGAUCCUCAGAAGAAACACAAAUAAAAGUUCUAUAUCAGUAUGCCAUGUCACUGCUGAAGAUAAUAAGUGUUGCUCCACGCAAAAUACCAAUUCAAGUUAUAUCCACAAACCAGGACAAGAAUUGUGCUUCCAAAAGCAAAACUCUGAAGAUUAUGAACACAUAGAUUCAAAGCCAUUAAUCACAGCCUCUGCAGAAGAUGGUAGUGUUUCUUAUGUCGUGCAAUAGAUGAAAAAUACACACCUCCUCAGCCUGCUUAUGAACCUAAUAUUGAACAACUCUACAUGCAGUCCAUCAAAUAGAGAUGCAUAUAAAAUUUUCAAUCUUUCACUUCUACUUAUUUCAGUCAUUAGACUGCGGCCAGACUGGGGCACAAACGGGAAGAAUUGCCGUUGAACAAAUUGUUCCCAGGAAGUUUUGGUACAUAUUCCAUCAUUUUCUUCUGCAGAACUGCUAAGUUACAGGGACGUAAACAAACUAAAAUAUACAUACAGGCACACAGACACACACAAAUCCACUCAUAAGCCUAAGGCUAUAAUAAAAUCCCAAGGCUAUAAUAAAAGACACUUGCCAAAGUUGCCACAUAGCAGAACUGAAUCCAGAACCAAGAUUUUGGGAAGUAAGCUUCUUAUUUCUUUAUUGCCCACAAGGAACUAAACAUAGAGGGGACAAACAAGGACAGACAAAGGGAUUAAGUCGAUUACAUCGACCCCAGUGCGUAACUGGUACUUAAUUUAUCGACCCCGAAAGGAUGAAAGGCAAAGUCGACCUCGGCGGAAUUUGAACUCAGAACGUAACGGCAGACGAAAUACCGCUAAGCAUUUCGCCCGGCGUGCUAACCACUCUGCCAGCUCGUCGCCUUUGUUACUUCUUGCCACACAGCCACACUUGUGCCUAUAUAUUUAGCAAAUUGUUCUCUUUUCCUUUUUGUUUGAAUUUCAUAAAUUAUAUUUACUUUCAGUCAGUGAGAUCAUCACCAAGAAAAUUUGAAUAAUAU